CUCACGGGACCUGUCCCUCAACCGAAAUAUCGUCCCGCGAAAAUCCCCUCGUUAUGUCUCUCUCGAUUUUCACUCGCGUCUAACUCCCGCUGAUGUCAUCAACACCCCGGGAUGAGAGCGUCAGUCAGAAUUAAUACUUUGUUGUCGGUAUUUUUUUCGAACGGGCUUUUUUAUUUUUCACGAGGACUUGGACCCGAAUAUUCAUAGAGAGGUAACUCGUGGACGGGAGUUUCAGGGAUUCAUGAUUUUGUAACAAUUUGUUUUCUGCUGUUAUUCAACGUUGAAUGAUUGAUGAUGAUUCCGAGUGAUGACGGGGCGAGAUGAGGGCUUGAAUAUUUUAUGCGAAUGCUGAAACGGGAACACGAGUUUCGAGUAUUUCUGAGUGUCUUCUGUUGUUUUUGGUUGUGUUGACUAGCUUCAUCAAUUGAAUGAUUAUUCAGCCGUUGGAGACAAGCAAUUGAAAACUGAACGACAUGCUGAUUAGUAGCGCCGUUAAUUCUAGUCUGGAGCCACCAGCCAUAAAUUCUCCGGACGAUGAAGACGUGAUACCGAAGGAUAGCGCCCAUUAAUGGAGAUAGCCGUGGAUUUUCAGGCGGAAAAUAUCCCGAAACAUUGAUUUCAAUAAGAACGCUGAGGAGGAGGAUGGCAGAGCUCGAGACGCUGGAUAGCACUGAGUGCUUGGAGUGCUCAGGGCCGCCGCCCGUUUUUCGGCUGCCACCACCACCUCGGCCACCCUUUCUCACUGAGGGCACUUUCUGCUCGGAGGCACCCCUCGCUGAGCUCGAGGACUGCGUUGCCAUUCCCAUGAUUGAUGCAUCCUAUCACACUAAUCCGUCGCUCCAGAAUACUGCCCUCAUCAUCACGUGCGCCGUUGUUUUACUGCUAAUGGCAGCCAUUGUCUCGGUUGUAUUUUGGAAACACAAGAGAAAAGUCCAGGGUUUGCUUCCCUGCAAGAGUGCCGCGGCGGCGGCGGCAGCAGCGGCGGCAAAUCGUCGCACCCUGGGGGACGGUCACACGCUGCAAGGCACGACGACAACAGCGGGGAGCGGUCUCCUCUACGAGGAUUUACCCGAGACAACGCCGCACCCCCAGCUGCACAAUCACUUAUCAGUGCACAGCGGUCCACCGACAAUAGAGAUGCUCGAUGUGAAAGAGGGUGGCCGAGGUCUAUUCGUAUGUAGCAGUCCUGGACCCGAUCCAUACAUAUCCCAGGACCUCUACAAUCCCGUGUACGAAGAGCUGAACAAUGGGGAUCACGAUACAGACGAGGAGAGUGAAUUAAAUGCACGCAAUCGGCUGAAUCAUUAUCACCAUAACCACUCACGUCAUCACGUAUCGUCAUCAAAACCCGUGAGUGAGGAUGAAUUUGCUGAGGACGAGUUGUCACUUGGCGAGCCGUCAGAAUCAAAAAUGCUCACCUCAACCCGCCCCAUGUGGAGUACCUGUCCAACGUCUUCGCGUUUAUCACGGGAGCGUCGGGGAAAGAGCCCUAAAAGCUUAGACAGACGUAGAAAGGAUAAAGGAAACGAUGUUGGGGAGUUUCAUGAGGGUAUGCUGCUCGACGCACUACUCCAACUGUAUCCCAACGUUGCGGGUGUAGCUGGAUCCCGAACGAGCACCACUCAACGCCAGAAAUCCGUCCCAUCGGUGGCCCACAAACUGCCGUACUUUGUGCCGCAAAUACCGGUGACCCAGUCAGUAAGAGUAGACGAGAAUCCGUACGAGAGUGUACCAGUUCUAGGACCACUCCACCACUACACAAAUCAAACUAAACCAAACAAUAAAGACAAAUCACGUUCGGCAAAUUGCACCCGCGAGCGUUAUCCAAAAUGUUCGCAAUACGGCUCCGAGUACUUUGACCUACGCAAUCAGGACAAUACACCGCCAAUCUACACCCAAGUUGACGGUGACUACUCGGAUUCUUACGCCCAACCGGCCGACAGAAUCUACAGCGAUGACAAAUACGAACAGCCAGUUUACUACAUGUCACGCAAUAACGAUCAGAUGACGUCUGGACGCCUGUACCAGGGAUUACCGGACAGUAGUUUUGGCAGUGACAGUGGGUACAGCCAUCACACGUCCGGCACAACAGGCACCAAUGGAACAAGAAGCAGUAUUACAAAUAUCAACUACAAUCGCAAGGAGAAGCACAGAAAUUCCCAUCAUUCGCAUCAUUCCGCCGACUUCAUCUUGUCGUAAUACUAGUCAUUGUCAGUGAGUCGCAGCAGCGAGUGAGAGUGAAGCUAUAUCCACGCCGGGGCGAGAGAGUGAUUGCUACGUACGAUUUUUUUCUAGUGAGUUAUAGGUAUACGAGACUAUUUAACAAAUUAAAAUUUAUUGGAAAUUGUGGAGAGGCUCAGGUUUGUGCACCAAAGGUUUUUGAAUUGUAACUGAGUCAUUACGCGAGUCGUUCAUUAUGGAAAAGUAGGGUCUAGGGGGCCGGCAGAGGCUGUUCAUUGUGUACGAAUAGGUACACUUAGGGUUAUUUCAAUUAAGGGAGUUUUUCAUGGGGAAAUGUGAAUGCAUUGAGUGAGAGAAAGUGUCAUCAGUCCUGUACAGACACUAAUCGUACAUUAAACAUAGUGUAAAUUAAUUAUUUAUGGAAUUAGGGGCGCUGCGUUGUAUAUAACGAAGAUUGUAGAGAAAUUGUAUCAUACGCGUUGUAGAGUACUUAAUCGAAACAUAUUCAAAGAAAAUAUUAAUAUAUGAUUUUUAAAUUUUAAUAUAAUGAGACGAUCAAUGAUUGAUUAAUAGCGGUAGUUUCUUGAAUGAAAAUUUGUGAUUGUGGUGAUGAAUUUGUUCGAAGACACUUUCAUUUCCGUGAAAAUUCUAUUAAUAUCACGUGUUUAACGUCGGCGAGACGAGAGGAGUGAAUUAUGAUACAAUCAGUGAGUGGAUGGGAUUGUGUAUGAGUGAGUUUGUAAGACGAAACUAAAGAAAACGCUUUUUUACAUUUUUUGCGUCCAUACUGUUAGAGUGUGAGGAAGAAAGAAUAAUUUAUACGUUAACAUCAAAUGUAUCCGAGUAGAGAGUAAUAUAUUUAGUAUCAUUGAAGGAAAUAACGAGUGAGAGAAGAGGCUGAUUGUUUUUGUUAUGACUAUUGUUCUCAAUACCUUGGAUUGUCCCAUUAAUUUUUACUCAGAAUCAAAUCAUAAAAUUAGACGAGUAAUCACUAGAGUACCUUAAUAGGAAUAAAUUAUAGAGUGAAACAAUCAUGAAAUAGAAAACGUGAAAAAUCCAUUCUACGAAUAUUUAAUUUUGUGGAUAACUCAAUGAGCAAUAGAGCCAAAAAUUGUGAAUAUGAAUGCUAUGAGCAGACAAUUGAAAUAAAAGACACGAUGUGAAAUCAUUUGUACGUGAAAAAGGUAAUGUCAGUGCUCACAGAACAGGGUAAAUAGUGUUUAACAUCUGUAUUUAAACCCCUCCCCUCGAUAACUCUCAAGGAGUGAUGAACCAUCAAUUUUUCCAUUUCAGUUGUUUCCCGUUUUAUCGUGUCAUUAGCUCCUAACAGAAUUACUAUCACUUUCGUAAUAAUAAACUAUUUAAUAUUCAA